GGUAGUUUAAACUUCCUUGCGUGUGUUUAUUUCAAGACAUUGUAACGUUAACACUGAUUGGUUCAGAUUUCGAUGGCAACAAGGCAUGGACGGGAACGCGUCGCGUAAGAGAGUAUUCUGAAGUAGCACCAUAAAAAUUUGUGAAUUCAGGACUGUGUCAGCAGAAUACACACCAUGUUCAAGAAUGAGUAUCAGGGUGGACCAUACUUUGAGAUUUUCAGUCCUCAGGGAAAAGAACUCAUAAAUCAUUGGAAAAUUGGGUCAGGAGUAAAAAAGGUUUUUGAAAAGGAAGUGAAAGGGUUUGUAUAUGUGCUUGAAGGCACACCGUCAACAACAAAGAUGCAUAUACCUAAAGACAGUAAGCAGUCUGUUUUGCUUGUACAGAGAUACCUGAUCUUCCAGGUGUACUUAACAAAGGGUCAGGAUUUCUCAAUGGAAAUUGGUGUAUGUGACAUGGCUAACAACAAAAGGCGCAUUCAGCUGUCUACAGCACAGAAGGAGAUACAUGUCACUCCUCUACAUGCUCGUCUCCCACUGGCUGUUGUUCGUCGUGCUGUGUGGCUAAAUUUGUGUGUGGACAUGGUGUCUUUGGUGGGGGAGAUAUGGACUGGUCAAACGUUUCGUGCUGUUGACCACAUUACUGUGGCAGCUAAUUGUAAGCUGCGGCGGAUCUUCACCAUGAAGUCUCAGCCUCCAGAUACAACUAAUGAUUAUGAGAUGUAUGGUGUUCCAUCUAACAAUACAGGGGAGGUUGAGCUAGUGCCAAAACAGGUGCAGAUGGCUCCAGAUAUCCCACAGUGCACUCAGGUACUGACUGUGAGCAAGAUGAUCAAGAACGCUGACAGACAAAAGGACAGCAAAGUGCUUGGUUUAAGCGAACAGCUUCGACCAGGGUCCAUGCUUGACCUGGACUUGAACUCAAGUGGUAAUAAAGGGUCUUUUCACAUUGCAUUUGGAUCAAAAAUAAAUGCACCGCCACCAGAAAGCAGCAGGAAGUCUGCACACACGGGCUUAAAUACCAGCAGGAGCUUCCGUUCUUCACUAACUCCUGCAGAUGGCAGCAGUGGAAGUGGAUAUAUGCAGGAGAAUGAGUCAAACCAGGGUGGCUUGUUGACGGUCAGAGAAAGUAGCAGGGAACAGGCACGUGUUUCCAAGACUGGUGUGUCUAGACGCUCGACAUCUGUGUACUGUGACCAGCAGUCAGAGGUGUCUGCACAAGAAGAGCAUCAGUCCACUUUGGCCAUUAAUGGCAGUGAACAUCUCCAGAAUUCAGAACCUGGCAUCAGUCACUCACACAUGGUGACUCCUCAUCCUCCAAGAGAGCCAUCAACUGACCGUGUAAGGCGCUACCAUCGAGUGAAGUCCUUGAACACAAGUACAGCUGUUAGCAACAUUGUUACCAACCACAGCAAAGGAACUGGUGAAGAUAGUGAAUGGAGUUUCACUGCUGACACAAAUCCCAGUUCUGAGAGUAGUGGUGAAGAUUCCCCAGCUGGAGAAUAUGAAGAAAGUGAUGAUGAAUGUUCCAGUGAUACCAACAAGCUUCAUGUAUUUGUUUCCCGUCCUAUGCGAGCACCACACAGAAAUGUUUCUUCCAGUGCUCCAGACCAAGAGCAGGUCAGAAAGAAUUAUGUAAAAGGUUUGAGGUCUAAUGUUCAGAGAUCAACGUCAGAGAUUUUAUCAUCCCGAGGAGCACGGCCUGAGGAUGACUUUCACAGUGGUCAGACCAGCAGUGAUGAGGAAGACACUUUUUUCAAAAUUCGAUCCCAGACAUCAGGACUCAUUAGUAGUCCCUCAGUAUCAGAUAGCCCCAAGACAAGAUUAAGUGGUAGCCAGGUGGACAGGAGCAGUGCAUCCUGGGCAAGAGCUACUGGUCUGCCCAAAGCAUCAGGUAGCCCUGAUUUCAAGCAACCCCCAUUCAAUCCCAGUCUUUAUGCGGAAGAAGCUAAUAGUCCCCAAAAGAGAAGGCAUGUUACAACAGCCCAGACACUUCGCAGAAGCCGCAAGUCCGUGCGUGAGAUCACACCUCAAGUUGACGAAAACUCACAUCAUAUUACUAAGGCAAGACAAAAAGCUUAUGACUUCACAAAGUAUCAAAUGGCGGAAGUGACGGAGUCUUUUGAAGCUCGCAUGUUUGCCAGCAUGCGCCAGCAUGAGGAGGAUGAAAUGGAGGAUAUUUCUCAGCCAUCUCUGCAACUUUCUUCUAAUGCCAAAUCUGUAAAUCCCAAUCCUUGUAGACUGCAUGUCCAUGGGGCGGGCCUACACUCCAGUCAGCAUAUCUACAGUGAAUCACCUGCCACGACCAGUGAUGAUGAUACGAGUUUCAGCACAUGGAAGGCACCUGUCAGUUACUUUUCCUUUGUUUUUAAAAUUCUUACAUGUACUAGCAGUCUUCAUACACUAAACAUUAUGGGUAUCUUAAUAAGGUUUCUUAUUGAAUGUUAUGAAGUCAUACUUAAAGAAGUAGCUGUCCGAAGGAAAAUGAUGUAUUUAAAGUGCCACAUAGGUCUUUUACUUUAUGCUGUGACAUUUUUCACAAACAAAUUUCUUGCGUAUUCUGACCAGGCACCUCAUCAGAUGGUCCACAACUAUCAAGAGGAGAUGAAAUCCCGGCUUAGCAGUGAUACAUUAACAUCUUCAAACCCUAGGGACUGGAGCAGUGUUUUCAGCCCACCCAUCAUUUUGCCUUCAGACCAUGAUCCACAUGGCAUCCUACAACAGCAUGUUGAUAAUCUUAUGGACACUUCACCACAAACACUCUCAGGAGUCACAGCAGGAGAGGAGGAAGAAGAAUUGGACCUUAUGUUUGACUCAAACCUGAAUUGUUACUAUGACCCCACCACACUUAAAUACUAUGAGCUGGUCACUUGAUGAUUAAUCUAGACUUCAGUUGUUACCAUGACCCAAACACUUAAGUACAAUGAGUUGAUCUCUUGACAUUCUUGCCAACUUUGAUUAUCAAUACUGUGAACUUGUAAAAUUGAGAUACUUAACCAAGAUAAGUGCUGUGCAAGUAUUCCAAAGUGGUGAAACAGAUAUUUGAUCAAACUUGUAAAAUAAUUUUUAAUGACAUUGUGCUAUUAGUCUGAAGUGGUUUCUCAAGUUUAAAGAGUUGGUGAAAUGAAGACAGCUGUCUGAGCUGUGAGUUGGAGAUGGUAAACUGCUUAAAUAAAAUUGUUGGCCAGGUGCACUGUUAUCAUAGCAAGCCGUCUGCAACAGCAAUCAGUAUUUUCUGUUCAAACACUAUGUGCUAUAGUUCUUCUGACUUCUCCUGGCUGUAGUGAAUGGUCUUAACAUGGAAUGGAAGGUGAAUCCUAGGUUUAAUAAACAUGCAUGUACAGGCACACACACUACUGUACUACAGACCUGCACGUACUGGUACUUAUUAAGAUUACUUCUUUGCUAAAACUGUGACCCACGUUUGUUCAGAAUCUGCUUUCUGUGCGACUUCGUACUAGAAAUGCUGUGCUUUGUGGUCAAUUCUUUUGACUGAUUAAAGUGCAGACAUACAGACAAGCUUGGAAAUAACAAGGAAAAACAGAGCUUGCCUUUACUGUGAAUUUUAUUAGCUUUAUAUCUUUUAUGGACCUUUGUGACUGGUAUGAGCCUCACUUGUAUUUUUUUUUUAAAGUAAAAAGUAUUGUUCUCAUGUGGAACUGUAGCUUAAUUCCUUCUGUUCUAAAAGUAUGCAGUAUGAUACAACCAGCCUUAAUGGACUGCUCUGCAAUGUUUAUCUUCGGUUCCCAUGCUUCCAGUGCUGUCCCUUACUGGUCUGACUUGGCAGAUCCUGACAGUAAAGGAUGAGUUCACCAAUCUUUCUAGUAUAGGAUUACAUGAUACAGCUGCACAUAAACUGUAUAUUUUGGAAAAUUAACAAGUGAUAAUUUUGAGUGUCGGUGUUUCCAGAGGUAUAGUGAAUGAAAUGUAGGUGGUUUGCCAUAUGGAGGACUGAGCCUACCUGCUUUAACUGCCUGUGUCUUUCUACCUUCCCAGAUAAAUCAGUUAUUGGGGUCUUAAGUUUUCAUUCACAAACCUUCCCGCUGCAUAGGUUCCCAUAUUAGAUGUUGCUCCUUACUUACAUUAUUGAAUGUUUAUUUGGAACAUGCACCCAGAGAUUGUAACAUGAUUCAAUGACGUCUAGCCAUUGGUAGUAUCCUUGAUUAAGUGUGGCACAAGAGAUUUUCAGAUUAAGAAUGGCUUUAAGAACAAUAAGAGGUCCCUUGGAUUAGGUUUUGUUUAAUUAUUUUGGAGGUUUUCUUUAUUGAAUCUACAAGCAUGUAAGAUAUUGCCAAGAUAAUAAUUUUUACAUUGUAACAGGUUCUAAUUAGUAGCUUCUAGCUAUGCACAGCAUGAAAACACAAUCAGGCAGAAGUCAAUCCUGUUAACUAUUGGAAAAGAUAAGCUUUAAGGUACUUUUCAAAAGUUCCUUGUGUCUGAACAUAUUGUAUGCAUUCUUGGCAGGGACUAGGUCUGAAUACUUGCUACACAUUGAAUGAAAGGGAGAACUUUGGUUUGUCUAGCACAAAAACAACUUGAGAACAGUGUUCUUCAUUAUGAUCUUCUGGGGUUAAAUGGUUGCUGAUUGUCAGAUACACUUUGUUGAUAAUGCCCUUUGUCUUUCAUCUUCAUAUUCAAAAAUUGGUAAAAAUGAUUGUUCUGCAUUAUCAUUGUAUGAAAUAUUGUUAUGAAACAUGUUUGUCAAUGUAUGUAAUGUUUAAAGUGAGAGAUUAAAACAUUUACAGUUUAUUGUGCAAUGAAAUAAAGAAAUAAGCUAUGCAAUAUUUGUGAUGUGCAGAGAACCCUUCCCAAUACAAUCUGUAAAAAUAAUU